AUGGAUCCCUUCACUCAGCGUAUGUUAGAACGAGCGCGUGCCAGACAAGAGAAAAUUGAUCAAAAGCUUGCUAAUUCUGGUCAAUCUGUACCAAAGAGAAAGCCGUUGGCCGAAAAUCUACUCAAAACUAACUCUUCUCCUGUAAAAUCGCCUUCUAAACCAGUCAGAGAGUCAAUAACAUCACCUAAACGCUCAAUCAAGGAAACUGUUAACUGUAAUACGCCAGUAAUUAAGAGGGUGAUAGAGAAAUCGGAUCGAAAAGCCUUAUCACCCCAGAAGGUAAAAAACGAUGUUAUAGUGACGAAGAAAGAGUUUAAAAGUCCAAACCGUGGCAGUUUGACUAGAAGAAACUCUGAUGUUUCUGUUGAGAUUAAUAUUUCACACAGAAAUGACAUUCAAAUUGAAGUGCAAGUGGAAGAAAGGGAUGCUCCUAUAAGCAUUGUAUAUGACUCUUCAUUAGAGAGAGGCAGUAAUGUACAGAUUACAGAAAUUGAAGGUGCCAGUCCCAAAAAGCUAACGACAAAGCCAGAUAUGGCGGAUAAUAAGACUGAUAAGACAAAUGUGAGAACAAAUUUUAAAUCAAGACUGGAUCGGCUUGGGAAUUUAUAUUCUGAUUCACCUAACCUAUCCUCACCAAUACAUAGAACAGAGCUAGAGUUCUCAGCAGCAACUCCACCUGCAGAGAAUAUUAGAAAUGAACCCAAACAAGACUGUAAAAAGAAGUUUGGACGGCUAGCUGCACUCGCUGAUCAGAUUAACAAUUGGGAAGACGACUUGAGUCAUCAUACCUUUCAACCCGAACCAAAAAAAGUAACUCAAGUCAAAAAGAAAGAGAGAGAAGACAAGUUGGACGCAUCAACACUUGAUGUUUCUAUACAUUCCAUCAAUGACAUAAACUCUGUGCUCAAAACUACUAAGGCAAUGCCUAAAAAAAUCACCGAACCAAAAAACAAAUGCCAGCGACUUGAUGACCAGAUAGUAGCCGAGUUGGCAGGCAUUUCUUGGUUUUAUGAACACCGCUAUUGUCUGUCAAGAUCGUCAGUUAUGACUCGUAAGUAA